UUUCAGAUAUCUUAGAAUGAAAUCCACAAGGCAUCUUAGCAAAAUCUGUCGCUUAAGAUAUUCAACAAAGAUUACAAAAAAAUAUUUCGAAGUUGUUCUUUGCUACUAGGGUUUACUCUGCCACGCCAUAUUAAACCGAACUACUGGGGCGAAAUGGUCAAACAAUUUUAACUAAUUAAUUUAUACCACCGUAAAAAAAAAAAAAAGAAUAGAAAGAAACAUUGCCGACGAGGACUACUCUCGAAUGAAUGAAUAAUUACCGAAACUACUGCUCCGUCCAGAAAAUAUCUAACUAUACCUUCAGAUAGUAUUCUUUACUUCAAACGUGUCAAGGAAGGUUCAUUAAUUGUCUACAUGUUUUUUUUUCUUUUUCAGAAUAAUCCUGCAAACAUGUUCCGACUUCUCGUCCUUGGCAGUUUGGCUGUCCUAGCUUCGGCCCAGUUCCAGCCUCAACCUGCGGGAAGAAUUUUGGAACCUCCGGUUCCGGCGUUAUGUGCACAAAGAGUGAUUCAUGAACGUUUUAAUGGAAAAGGCUACUAUUAUUCUUGGGCUGAUCCAAGAACUAGCGGACAAGAAGUAGACUGGCUUGCUGGUAGAAACUUCUGCAGACAGCGUUGCAUGGAUCUUGUUUCCCUGGAGACGUCUGCUGAAAAUGAAUUUAUCAAGAGCCGUGUUGUUCAAAACAAAGUCAAGUAUAUUUGGACUUCUGGACGUUUAUGCGACUUCAAGGGCUGCGACAGACCUGAUCUUCAGCCCCUGAAUGUCAACGGUUGGUUUUGGACCGCAGAACUUCAAAAGCUUGCACCGACGACUGACCGUAAUCAGAACGAUUGGUCGGAAAGUGGCGGUAUCGGAAAGCCACAGCCUGAUAAUCGCGAAGCCAUCCAGGGAGGUGCUCCUGAGAAUUGCUUGGCUCUUCUUAAUCAAUUCUACAAUGAUGGAGUCAAUUGGCAUGAUGUUGCUUGUCACCAUAAGAAACCAUGGGUGUGCGAAGAGAACGACUCUCUUCUUAAAUAUGUUCGUUUCACCAAUCCUAAUAUUCGUGUCUAA